AUGAAAAUAUUUAGUUGGAACCUUCAAGGAUUGGGGAAUCCUUGGACGGUUAGAGCUCUAAAAUUGUUUAUCAAAAACAAUUCCCCCGACAUUUUCUUUUUUAUGGAAACCAAGUUAAUGUCUAAUGAAUUUAGUAGUAUUUGCAGUACUUUUAGUUCUUUUAAUUGUUUUGUCGUUGAUGCGGAUGGAAGGAGAGGCGGUCUUGUCUUAUUUUGGAGGAAACAGAUUGAUGUCAGAAUAAGUAACUCUUCCUCUAACCAUAUUGAUUUUGCUGUUAUGGAUGUAGAAGCAGAUUUGCGCUGGAGAGGGGUGGGUGUUUAUGGAUGGCCUGAGUCACAAAAUAAGCAUCGAACUUGCGAGCUUGUUAAAUCUUUUAGCGGAGGUAUUAAUCAGGCUUUACUUUUAUUCGGAGACUUUAAUCUCUAUUUGCACCAUGAUGAAAAGGAGGGAGGGCGUAGAUCAGAUGAAAGGGAGAUGGCCAGCUUCCGGGACGCCAUGGAUACGUGCAGUGUGGUAGAUUUGGGGCACUCCGGUGGUACAUACACUUGGUCAAAUGGGCGAAAAAAUAAUGACUUGGUUCAGAUUAGACUCGACAGGUUUUUGUCCAACAACCAGUGGAGAGAAAGUUAUCCAGAGUGGGGAGUGGUUCAUCUAACGCGUUUUAAAUCGGAUCAUUGCCCAAUUGUCCUUAACACGUCCAGUCCCAUUGUCUCUCACAGAGGUGGUAAAGGUAGUCAGAUUUUUCGCUUCGAGCAAAUGUGGAUGACGCAUGAUCUAUUCGACGAAGCUGUGUACUCCGCUUGGAAUGAUAGCUGUGGUUAUGAAACUGAGUUUAUGGGCAGAAUGGAGGCUUGUGGCGCGAGUUUGAAGGAUCGGGCUUAUUCGAAUUUCGACAAUCUCAGUAAGCAGAUGAAGAAAAAGCUGGCCGAGCUUUAA